CUAAAUAUAGCAAACGCUCCAUAAAUUAAAGAUGAGAAACCAAGUUCAAUUCGGGCUAAUCAUGGGUUUCUUCUUCUUAAUUUGUGUGAUGUUGUUUACGAUUACUGUGGAAGCUCAAAAAUGCAAUCCAAGUGGAAGAGUCAAAGGAACACAAGCACCUAAAGACAAGUGUGAUCCUUCUGUAGAUGAUUGCUGCAAGGCAAACAAAUUCUACACCGUCUUCAAGUGUUCACCGCCGGUUUCCGGUCACACUAAGGCGAUUCUGACAAUAAAUGACUUUGAAAAAGGUGGGGAUGGUGGUGGCCCUUCUGAAUGUGACAACAAAUUCCAUUCUAACAAGAUACCGGUGGUCGCACUGUCGACUGGAUGGUUCAAUGGGAGGAAAAGGUGUCAUAGGAAUAUUACGAUUUUUGGUAACGGGAGAAGUACUAAGGCUAUGGUGGUUGAUGAGUGUGAUUCGACGAAAGGGUGCGACGACGAUCACGGUUUUCAGCCACCGUGCCGGAAUCAUAUUGUUGAUGCAUCUCAAGCAGUUUGGGAGGCCUUGAAAGUGCCAAAGGAUAACUGGGGAGAGAUGGAUAUUUUCUGGGCUGAUGAUAAUUAA